AGGGGCGGGGCUUGCCUCUGAGUCCUGGCACCAGUCUGCUCUGCAAGCAGCGAAAGGUGGAGAGAUUUUCACCUUCACACACUCUAACUGUCACACAUAUACACACACACACAUACACACACGCGCUCUGCGAGAGAAAAGGCACACAUCGAAACGGACUAUGGACCUGAGCCUGCGAGACGCUCUGGGUGGAGGUGGAGGUGGGGUCCCAGGUGGGGCCCCUGCUGAGCCCCUGCUGAAGAGAGACUUUGUGGCCUCACUGGAGAAAGAGAGCUAUGAUGACAAGGUGGGAGAGACAGUCUCCAAGAGUGACUACCGACCCUUGCUGGAUGGAAAGGACACCAAGAGCGGUCCAGGAAUGAUGUCAUCAAUGAUGUCAUCAGGGGGACGCCAAGACCCACCAGGACAACCUGCCUUCAGCUCUGACUACCUGUCUGGUCCUAUGAUGGGUGGGAAGACAGAUCAAUGGAGCCUGAACAAGACAAAGGACAACAGCAUGCCUGACUCAUUUCUAGGCUUCUCUCAGUCUGGGAUGGGAGGAACUACUGGGUCCAGCCUGCCACCAUUCCAGACCAGCAUGAGCUCCACUGUGGGCCAGACUGGGAUGGGUUCAGCUAUGGACACCCAGAAGAAUUUGGGCAUGUUUGGUGUGGAAAACAAAACCACCAGCAACACCAGUGGAAGCAGUCCAUUUAAAACCAGUGAGGUGUUUUCUUCUGGUGGCCCGGAAAUCCACUCUAUGGAUCACCCUGCAGCUCCCGUCCUCUCUCCCAGCGGCUCAAUGGACGACAGCUCUCCCACGUCCUCCGCCUCCGAACCCCUCAGCCCUGAAAGAGUGGGGCCGGGGGGCGAGGCUGGCAAGCAACAGCAGAGACGGCGGAAGAAGAAGAGGAAGGGCCACGACCAGGUCUACGACUUCUUGGAUAGCCAGCAGAAUAACAUCGGCCAAUCAGACAAGCAAGGGAUGCAGGAUAAGGGCGGUCUGGAUGCGGAGGAGGACGAAGAUGAGGAGGAGAACUGGGAGUGGGAGAUCAGAGAGAGUGGAGGAGGGGGUAGAGUGAAAGGCAGGAAGACUAAGAGUCGGGCAAGACUUCCAGAGGAGUGGGGAGUGCCCCAGCAGCCCAUCUCUCCCACACAGGUCACAACUGCUAACUCUGGUCCCUCUGACUCCAAAGCUCCAGACUCCAACCCCAGCCCUGUCUUACCCUCUGCCCCUGCACAAAUUCCCACAAGUUUCAUCAAUAGUUCCCAUGCUAGCCUUGUAACAGAUUCAUCUCCACGCUCUUACGAGCCGAUGUGUGUAGAUGAUUUCCCUUUAUCUGCUAAAAAUGGUCAAAAAGCAAAUGAAGAGAAAGUUUCUACCAGCAAACCUGAAUCUAACGUAAGUGCAACGGCUGGUGUUGCCAACAAGAGUAGUUUAGCUGGGGAUGUUGAUGGUAGUCUAGCACUGAUGACAGGGGACAAUCUGAGCCCAGUCUCCCAGACCUUCUCCUUCCUGGAUUCAGUCCUUCAGACCCCUCCCGGCUCCACUCCCGACUCACAGACCACCACCCCUAUCACCAACACGCCCUCUCUUGCUAUGGCUCCCCUGACUAGAUCUACCCCGACAGAAACUGUCACCCCUGUUUCACAACCCACUUCUGUUUUGAACCCCUCCCAGAGCACUCCAGACCUUCCUCCUACUUCCACUUUGUCCACCAUCGCAUCACCCUUACCUGCCACAUACACACGCCCACCAACAACUGCAGUUGGUUCAGCCCUCAACGCCGAUGCCAAGCCUUUCGUCCCCUCAGCCUCGCUCAUAUCCUCCACAGCCACACCCAGUACGACUGCAGCCGCUCCUGGAACAGCAGCGUCCACCACCACCUUAGCCAAAACCCUUAGUUCCUCAGCUUCUCCCUGUAAGAACGAAGCCACUCCCACAUCAUCAUCAGACACCCCCCUGAAAAGUAUAGCCACGCCCCUUAGCCCAGCAACAGCCACCCCCCCUCCAUCCAUCACCCCCGCAGCCCCUCCUUCUCUCCCUGCACACUCAGAGCACCAGGAGUCCUCGUCGCCACAGCUCCCCCCACUGGAAGUGAAAUCUGACAACAAGGACAAGCAGGAGAAGACAGACAUCAUGUCCAGCAAGACAGACAAGUUGGACGCCUUUGACAAGAAGGAGAAAGAAGAACAGCAGAAGAAGGACAGUGGCCCAGACAAGAACCAGAAGUCUGAGAAGAUUCUCAAAGAUGAGGAAAAGAUGGAGAAGAACAACAAGGCCAUUGAGAAGGCAGAGAAGGCAGACAAGCCGGAGAAGACCAACAAAGAUGAGAAGAAAGAAGAGGAGAAGAAGCCAGCCGAGAAGAAGGACGAGAAGGGAGGGAAAGGGACAGCCAAGUCUCCCACAGGCAAUGGCAGCAAGACCCUGCCGAGCCCUGACAGCAAGAGCAAGCCUGACGUGGGUUCAGCUAAACCAAACUCAGCCAAAUCCCGCCCAUCCACCCUCUCCACCAAUGGCGAGGCCACCUCGGCCAAACGCCCCUCCCCCACCUCAGCCAAUAAAAAAAGCCCUGUACCCAAGGCGACCACACCCACUGCCGCCAAGCAGCCGCCAACAGCAACUGGCUCCACCAAGGCUGCCAAGACUGCAGAAAAUGAGAAACGCCCACCUGUGCCAAAGGCCACGCCCACACCCCGUGCGACUGCCAAUAAGAAUGGCUCCUCUGCGACUCCUGCAAGUAAACCUGCUGCAAACAAGAAUGACAAGUCCGAGAACAAGACAGGAGAGGCCAAGAAACCCAAAACUACAGCCCGUCCUCGCCCAGCCCCCACCACCACUCCUGCUGCCUCUACUAACGGUGAAAACACUCAUCGCCGCCGCGUCAUCACUAAACCCCCAGUGCCCAAGCAAACCCCAAUGGAGAAGAAGCCACCGGUGCCCCGUGCUCCUCGAACCCCCAGGCCCAUUAAUGCUCCGACACCUGACCUGAAGAACAUCCGCUCCAAGAUUGGAUCCAUUGACAACAUCAAGUACCAGCCUGGCGGAGGAAAGGUCUCCUCCACCCCGAACAACAAGGCAUCAGACCCCUCCACCCCUGCCGCCAAGGCCAGAGUUCAGAUAGUGCACAAAAAGCUGGACUUCAGCCAUGUCACGUCUCGCUGUGGCUCCAAGGACAAUAUCAAACAUGUCCCUGGAGGUGGCAAUGUGCAGAUCCUGAAUAAGAAGGUUGAUGUGAGCAAGGUGACGUCCAAAUGUGGCUCAAAGGACAACAUCAAACAUAAGCCAGGUGGAGGUGAUGUGAAAAUUGAGUCCCAUAAGCAAAACAUUAAAACUAAAUCUAAGAUUGGAUCCAUGGACAACGUGGGGCCAGGCAACGAACAGACCAACGGACACAAGGAGGAGAAAACAGAGGAGAAGUCUUCUUCACCCCCAACAGGACCAGCGGGUGUUGCUAAGGCAACAGCACCAGGAGGUGUUGCUAAGGAGAAUGGGGUGAAGGAGCCCACACCUACUCCUUUUGGGGGAGACGGACUGAGGGAGCCCCUUAGCAUAGACAAACGCAUCACUGAGACAAAUUGAGUCCCAGUGUCCUGUAGAUUUUGGUGGGACACGCAUGGCGCUCGCCGACCUGCCAAUCAACCGACCAACCAACCUACCACGGCGCAGUCACUUCCCUUUGGCCCCGCCCUUCAUCUCGCCCACCGCAGCACCGAACUGACCGAUCGCCUCUCAGUGUUUCUGGGGUCCGCCUGCCAGCUUCCUGCUACCAGCCCUGACCUUUGACCUCUCAACGGUUGACCUUUGACCCUGCCUACCACAGAGAAGAGCACUUGCUGUUUGUCUGUGUUUGUGUGUGGGAUUCCACCAGCUUCUCAACUCCUAAAACUCCCUUGUGAGCACUGAUUUAGAAGACUUAAAUGUCAGAUCCCAAAUUUAACGACACUAAUGCAAUAAAGCCACUACAGUAGCUAAUGCUGUAUGGAAGUAUACUGAGCAUUGCCAGUUUUAGAGUAUUUCCACUUAUGAAUAUAAUUACUGUUUUAACAUGCUUAGUGAACAAACACCCUUAGAGCUUAGUUUCUAAGUCUAAUCUAUGGUCCCUCCUGCUGGCUUUUACAAUCCAAAACCACUUUGAUCUUAAAACCAUGUUAGCAGACCUAUGGUAAUGCUAAUAUUUGCCCCAUCUCCAUUCCCAGUCCAUGUCCACUUAGCCUCAGACCACACUCACCAGCUGAGGGACUGUUACCGGUCAGCAGCAGGGCAAAUACUGUCAGGUCUGCUUUAAAUCAACACAUUCCAGCCUCUAAGCCAGCCAGCAAUUAUUUCCAGAUUUACAGUAUCUACAGCGCUGCACGUUGUCACAUUGUAGGUAAUUCUACAGCUCACUCAUCAAACAUUAUCUCCCAUUAUAUCUCUUGAUAUCAGUGCACCAGUGUCUCACCAAAAUUGAUUACAAUAAUGCCUCUCUUUAUCUCUGGAUUAUUGAUAUCAUGAUGCUCAUCGUUAGCAGUGAUCGGUGCGGAGGACAGGGGCUUACGUAGAGUAGACAGGAUACAAUUGGAGACGUUUGGAAACAGAACUAAAGAAUAGAAAUAGAUCUGAAGAUAGAGAUUAAAACCAGUGCAGAAGCAUUCAGGAUGUCUGACAAUUCCUUGGCUAUGUUCAAGAAGAGAUGCAUUUAUUGACAGUACAGUUCAGAUGAAUUUUAUUACAAUCGGGAACAUCAUGUAAUGAUGUGAUCAAAGCAUGAUAAUCAUCAGGAAAGGUAGGUGUUAAGUGACGGGGGAGCUCUGUGGCUUCUCUGGGUAGCCUUGGCUUAAAAAGGAUUUGGCACUGAACACAGGCAUUUGAUCUUGAUGCCAAAUAAGUUCAUUUAACCUUGAAGAAGAGAUAGAAAUUUAAGAUGAAGGUGUAUUAACCCUUCAUGAUAAGUGCUAACCGUAGAGUUAAUCUGCUAGAUCCUGCACCUUUUAGUCAAGCAACAUGAAAGCGUAUAUUUCCUUUAGCACUUACCUUAUUGUGGACGGCGCCAUCCACCAUGUCAUGGGCUGCUGAUGAAAGACCCGGUCACGCCAGUGCUUGAAAUGGCAAGAUUUCACUGCAAAAUUCAUUUGUUGCAACGAAAUGGCCAUAAUCAGUGAUUUCGCUCACGCGGCAGAAGUAAAACUGUGAACAUUUUUCAAAUCACAAGUUCAAGUUAGUGAACUUUGACAUGCUGAUUUGCCAGGGGGAGUAAACUGUACAUUACAGAGAAAAAGAGGGAAAUCAGGGAUCUGUUGUUACUGAAAAAGUUCUCUGCUUGUUAGAGUCUUAGCGGUUAGCUCACCAGCUAGAUUCAUUAACCAACUAGCCGACUAGUUCCUGCGUCACCAAAGGUACAUUCAGACUGCUCAGAUUUGUUUCUCAAAUCAGAUCUUUAAGACAGACUGUCCGCACUGUUAUUUGCAAGUAAUCAGAUCGGAUUUGUGUAUCCAGACAUCACCAACCUAGCUGCAUGGGUUGCUGUGGUAACAAUGUAGGUGUCAGUAGCGUAGCUACGCUGGUGACGCGGCUUUUCAGCACAGAAGUGUGAGAAACAAGGUAUCAGCAUGGAUCUGCUCAGCACCUCAAGAUUUGAGGUCGUCAUUGUGUGUUGUGUUCAAGGACACUUAGAGUGGCCAGAGCAUCUGGACUAAGAUGCAGCAGUAGAAAUCUGACUGGAAUUUAAACCACCUCCUAAUGUGGGUUGGUCAUGGAUUUUUUUGUUGUCUAGUCUUCCUGAAGUUGUUCUGGACAUACCAAAAACACAGUUUGGGCUAUCAGUCUGAACAAGGCCCAAGCUGCUGAAACCACAUAAUUUGGAAAAAAGAGCAAAUAAAUUCCACCAUGCCACUUUCUGGCGUGACCGGGCCGUAAUUCACCACAGCACGAUAUUUUUUAUUCUUCUUGUGGAUUCCCAUUAGCUUCCACAAAGUGGCUGCUGGUCUUCCUGCAACCCAAUACCUUUAUGGUAUAACAUCAGGGUAUACACAGGUCUCUAGAUUAUAUUACCCACCUCUGGGGAUAAUGAGUGUUAAAGCACUACUUAACUGUUCAUAUCCUGCUUAUGAAGCUGAACCUUUGACACUUAUUUGAUCAGUUGUGGUCACGCAGUCUAACGCAACCCCACAAACUACUCUGGGUGUUUCAGGACUGCAGCCCUCAGUGUCAAGACUUACAGACCCUUAACCUUUAUCUUUCAAUAAGCUCAGUUUACUUUAGUCUUCUCAAUAAGGCUUGUUUCUAAACAUCACAUGCAACCCUGUUCUCCUGCACUAGAACUCAUUGGUUCCCGUACAGUCUGAUUGCUUGACCCCGGACCUACCAUACAUUCUUUAGUCCCAGUCAUACACAUAUAGACUCUCCUGUUAGAGACCCCAGCAGUCACCCUGAGCUGUGUCUGAUGUAUACAGUUCACAUAUGGCUAUUAAAGACAGACAAACAGACAGACAGCGCCUUCUUUCUCUCGCGCAUGUGGUACUUCCUGGUCAUGUGGUUCACCCCAGUGGAGAGGGGGUGGGGCUGCAGAGCCACGCCCUCUUUUAAGUCCUCCCACUAGCCGGUGCGUCUUAGAAUCCUCUCUGUGAGACCUGCUAACUUUCUUCACACACUUACACACAAGCACAGAUAUACACAGGAAAGCACACACAUGCUUGUUGGUGUGCAUGCAUACACACACACACACACACACACACACACACACAAACAGAAAUCACAUAUACAUACAAUAUAAUACACACAAACACAAAUAAGCACCCUAAAAUAAAUACAGUAUGCUGUUCAUAGAGGCAUUUGUUUGUUAAUGAAACCAACUCUUUAUUGUACUUUGGUGGUCUAUGCUGAUAUUGUUAAAACAAUGAUGAGCUGUGUCGGUGUGUUGUUCCUAUCAUAGUCAUUGUCUGACAUUUUCAUCAUAGGCUCACCUCACCCCAGCCUCCUCCUUGUCCAUUUCCUCGUCCCGUGUUUCGCUCCAACUCUCUGACAGCAAUACAGUGAUCUUAGUUGGGAACGCCUCCUGUUACCCGCCAAUACACAUGACACGAGAUGGAGAGCGACUGCAGAAGUUAGUAACGUGUAGUUAGACGUAGGUAAGACGUGUCAAUUAAAGGGAAUAAUGUUACAUUCAUGGCAAGUAUUGAAGUUGGCGUUUUCUUUGCAACCUUUUAGUAACUGAUUUAUUUACGACACUGUCUCGUAGAUUGAAACUACUAAGAGCUACAGUACUACCAAACCAUUUGAGGUUUCUAGUUAUCUAGUGUCUCUGGCAUAUAUUUUACUCAACAUCUGUAGUGUAAAUAGAUGAAAGUAAAUGUUUUUUUUUCUUUUUUGACAUUUUUGUUGAGCAAUUUGUCUUUUGUGUGUGUGUGUGUGUGUGUGUGUGUGUGUGUGUGUGUGUGUGUGUGCGUGUGUGUGUGUGUGUGUGUGUGU